AUGAAUGGAAGAACCGCUUAUAGACCAACCACUGCAACCACGGGGCUCGAACUGCAGCAAUCUAUUCAACUGCGUGCAGCGGAUGAUGAGUCUGGCUAUGAACGGAUAGUCGUCCCAGCUAAUGCUCAACCCGCCUUGCGACCAGUUUCCCGAAAACGCCAGACAGCAAUCCUCUUCUGUGCCUUCUUCGACGUCUUCAUUACCAUCGGUUUAAAUCAGGCCUACGGCGUCUUCCUCAAUUAUUAUCUGUCCGAUGGGAGCAGUUCAAAAGAUCCAUUUCUUCCACCAAGCGAGGUGUCAAGCAAAGCAAUGUUGGCUUUUGUGGGCACGCUGGCUGCUGGCUUGACCUGGGGCGGGAGUAUUGUGGUCAACCCGCUUAUGGCGAGAUCAAAGGAUCCAAGGUGGCUCACCGGUGCCGGGGCAGUCCUUAUUGGAACUGGCUACGUGCUUGCAAGCUUCUGUCACAAGGUGUGGCAACUUCUCCUCACACAGGGUUUGAUUUACGGUAUCGGCACUUCACUGAUGUACUUUCCUAUCCUCGCUGUGGCUCCAGAGUACUUUGAUGCACACCGUGGCUCUGCUAUGGGAUUCAUUCUGUCAGCAGCCGGAGUUGGAGGCCUUGUCUACGCACCAGCAGCUCGUGCACUGCUCUCAAAGAUGGGUGCCGCGUGGACUUUACGUAUCUUUGGCCUGGUUAAUUUCGCCUUGUGCAUUCCCAUUGUGUUGGGGACGCCACUCUCACGCAGUCUCUCCAAGCGACCGACGUUGGUUGAUAUCAGGCUGGCGAAAAGACCCAUCUUCAUUCUACAAGCAACCGCAGCGAUGGCUCAAGCGGCAGGGAAUCUGGUCCCAUUGACGUUUCUCCCCGAGUUCAGUACGAGGUUGGGAUAUACGGCGGCCUUUGGCGCGGCGCUCCUCUCUAUCAACAAUGCAGUCAACACAAUGAGUCGGAUCGCGAUGGGCUUCAUCGCCGAUGUUGCAGGCAGACAAAACACUCUGGUCCUUAGCGUGCUCGGGAGCGCCAUAACGGUGGUGGCAUUUUGGCUCUCCAGCGCCUAUGGAAACGACAUGGGGUUGUGGAUAGCGUUUGUGGUGACUUACGGCCUGUUUGCCGGAGGAUACAACUCGCUCUUCCCUACCACGGUGAUCGAAGUCUUUGGUGCUCAGGCGUACGCGUCGGUAAAUGGCUUCAUUUAUUUCAUUCGUGGUCUAGGCGCCUUUUGGGGCUCGCCAGUGGGUGGUGCUUUAGUUGCAGAUGAGAAACAUCCACAGGCAUUCAUUACGCUCAUAUGGUAUGACUUUGGACUGUUGAUGCUGUCGAGUGUCUGUGUGAUCGCCGUCCGCGGGCUGGACGCAUCGGAGAAAGGCCAAUUCAAACUGAAGGCUUGA